AGCUGGCUUAAGUGUCCACGUCUGGGCGACUGGUGCCUCACGCCUGAGGGCUCAGCCCCCUCUCCCCUCCCAGGGCCGCGGAUCCCCAGAGCUUCAGCAAGCCACCCGGCCCUCCGGCCCUGCCCCUUGGCUUCGGGCCCGCCCAGCCCAGUCUCCCUUCGGCUCAGGCACCUGCCUGGCCGCCUCGCGCGGCGGGGUCUUGAGGCGCCUCGGGGAAGCGCAGCGAUUGGCUGCGGCCGGGCGGCUGGAGCUCGGCUCUGGUGGCGCUUGACAACCGCAGUCCGCCAGAGGCUGAGCCGAGCGGUCGGUGGACAGGGAGCGGCGGACACGAGAAGGACCGGCUGGCGAACUGAUGGAGUGACGUGCGGGCGGCCGGAGGGAGGACCGACGCCAAGCCCAGACCGCCGCCCUCUCUUCCUCGCCUCAGCCCGGAGCUGGCCGCUUCGGGGCCCGGCAUCCGGCCUCCCAGCCGCAUUCUCCGCCGCUGCUUCUCCGGGCUUUUCCCGGAGCCCGCCCUCAGGUUAUCAAUAUGACGGCAGAAGAAACAGUGAAUGUAAAAGAGGUUGAGAUAAUCAAGCUAAUUUUGGACUUCCUGAACUCAAAGAAGCUUCACAUUAGUAUGUUGGCACUUGAGAAGGAAAGUGGAGUCAUAAAUGGUCUGUUUUCAGAUGAUAUGCUUUUCCUGAGGCAGUUAAUUCUUGAUGGCCAAUGGGAUGAAGUUCUUCAGUUCAUUCAACCUCUGGAAUGUAUGGAAAAAUUUGACAAAAAAAGAUUUCGUUAUAUUAUCCUGAAGCAGAAGUUUUUAGAAGCUUUAUGCGUUAACAAUGCAAUGUCAGCAGAAGAUGAGCCCCAGCAUGUAAGGUUUUUAUUCCUGAAGCUGGAAUUUACCAUGCAAGAAGCUGUGCAAUGUUUACACGCUCUAGAGGAGUACUGUCCUUCUAAAGAUGACUAUAGCAAGCUUUGUUUGCUUUUGACUUUGCCUCGUUUGACCAAUCAUGCCGAAUUUAAGGACUGGAAUCCCAGCACUGCACGAGUUCACUGUUUUGAAGAAGUUUGUGUCAUGGUUGCGGAAUUCAUCCCUGCUGAUAGGAAGCUAAGUGAAGCUGGUUUCAAAGCAAGUAAUAACCGCUUAUUUCAGCUUGUGAUGAAAGGCCUACUUUAUGAGUGCUGUGUAGAAUUUUGUCAGAGUAAAGCAACUGGAGAAGAGAUUACAGAAAGUGAAGUCCUGCUUGGCAUUGACCUGCUGUGUGGGAAUGGUUGUGAUGAUUUGGAUCUAAGCUUAUUGUCAUGGCUUCAGAAUCUGCCAUCUUCUGUCUUCUCUUGUGCUUUUGAGCAGAAAAUGCUUAAUAUUCAUGUUGACAAACUUCUGAAACCUACAAAAGCUGCAUAUGCUGAUCUUUUAACUCCUCUUAUCAGCAAGCUUUCUCCCUAUCCGUCAUCCCCAAUGAGAAGACCUCAGUCAGCUGAUGCCUACAUGACCCGCUCUCUGAAUCCUGCUUUAGAUGGCCUCACCUGUGGACUGACCAGUCACGAUAAGAGAAUCUCAGACCUUGGAAACAAAACUUCUCCAAUGUCACACUCCUUUGCUAAUUUCCAUUACCCAGGGGUGCAGAACCUCAGCAGAAGUCUCAUGCUUGAGAAUACAGAGUGUCACAGUAUUUAUGAAGAAUCCCCUGAGCGAAGUGAUACACCUGUUGAAGCACAGCGGCCUAUCGGCAAUGAAAUCUUGGGCCAGAGUUCAGCUUCAGAAAAAGAACCUGCAAAUGGAGCACAAAAUCCUGGACCAGCCAAGCAAGAAAAAAAUGAGCUUCGAGAUUCAACAGAACAGUUUCAAGAAUAUUACCGGCAAAGACUGCGUUAUCAGCAGCAUUUGGAGCAGAAGGAGCAGCAGAGGCAGAUAUACCAGCAGAUGUUGCUGGAAGGAGGUGUUAAUCAGGAGGAUGCUCCGGAUCAGCCGCAGAAUCUCACCGAGCAGUUCCUGAGCAGGUCUAUUCAAAAGCUUGGCGAGUUAAAUAUUGGAAUGGAUAGCCUUGGUAGUGAUGUAUCAGCUGUCAGCCAGCAGUGUAAUGGGAACAAAGGCAAUGGAUCUAAUAAUUCUUCUGUGGCUAGUUUUGCUACACCGCCCCAAGACUCUGGUCAGAGAGUAACACAUGAUACUUCAAAUAUCCACACAAGUACUCCUCGCAAUCCUGGAUCUGCAAAUCACAUACCUUUUCUUGAGGAAUCACCUUCUUGUGGAGGCCAAACCUCAUCAGAACCUUCGGUCAUUAAGCCACCUCUGAGUGAUUCUUCAGGGAGUCUGUCAAGGUCAAGAGAAGAGGAUGACAAAUCGAAAAAACAGUUUGUUUGUAUUAAUACUCUAGAAGAUACACAAGCUGUUAGAGCGGUGGCUUUUCAUCCAAGUGGUAGUUUAUAUGCUGUUGGUUCAAACUCAAAAACUCUGAGGGUGUGUGCCUAUCCGGAAGUGAUCGAUCCAAGUGCACAUGACACUCCUAAGCAGCCAGUGGUGCGUUUUAAAAGGAAUAAACAUCAUAAAGGAUCCAUAUACUGUGUGGCUUGGAGUCCUUGUGGACAGUUACUAGCUACAGGAUCAAAUGACAAAUAUGUCAAAGUGCUGCCCUUCAAUGCUGAAACUUGUAAUGCCACAGGACCGGAUCUGGAAUUUAGUAUGCAUGAUGGGACAAUUAGAGACUUGGCAUUUAUGGAAGGCCCAGAAAGUGGUGGUGCUAUUUUAAUAAGUGCCGGAGCAGGUGAUUGUAACAUUUAUACAACAGAUUGUCAAAGAGGACAGGGCCUCCAUGCUUUGAGUGGACAUACUGGGCAUAUUUUAGCACUUUAUACCUGGAGUGGCUGGAUGAUUGCAUCUGGUUCCCAAGAUAAGACUGUUCGAUUCUGGGAUCUUCGAGUACCAAGCUGUGUUCGUGUUGUUGGCACAACAUUCCAUGGAACUGGCAGUGCCGUGGCGUCUGUAGCUGUUGAUCCCAGUGGCCGACUCUUAGCCACAGGGCAGGAGGACUCCAGCUGCAUGUUGUACGACAUAAGAGGAGGCAGAAUGGUACAGAGUUACCACCCACAUUCCAGUGACGUUCGCUCGGUUCGAUUCUCCCCCGGAGCACACUAUUUACUGACGGGAUCCUAUGACAUGAAAAUAAAGGUGACAGACCUGCAAGGGGAUCUCACCAAGCAGCUUCCUAUUAUGGUGGUGGGCGAGCACAAGGACAAAGUGAUUCAGUGCAGAUGGCACACCCAGGAUCUUUCCUUCCUGUCGUCCUCUGCAGACAGAACUGUAACCCUCUGGACUUACAGUGGGUAGAGCGCACCCCAUGACAGUCUGUGCAGAGACCUAAGACUACUGAAUAGUGCAAACUACAGCUUGGAAGAACAUAGACUGUCCCCGAAAGUGGCUUAGCAUGAGCAGGCCCCGUAUUACCAUGUAUCCCGUUGAUAGGAGGUGUUGGGUGGUGGUGUUCUGCAGUGCUAUCAGUCUUCUGUGUGAGCCCGUGCCGCUGUGACCUGCUGUGUAGUCUCAUUGCCAAAGUCCACCCAAGAGCUCUUAACAUUGUCGGUGUGUGCUCCGGGUCCAGGUGGACAGUGUGUUCAUGGUUUAGUAUUAAAUGCAUUCCUUGAUCUUUGCUGAAAUUACAGUUUUAUAUACACAUUGGAAUUGAAUUAUACUUUAAGGAUCUUAUCAUAUAAUGCAACCAAGUUCUAUCCAGAUUAAACAUAGGUGUUCAGAAGUUACUUUUGCUCUUCUCACAGUCCCAUAUUAUAUCACUUGUCUUCUAAAGGUCGGAAUUUUAUCUCUCUCAAAAAUUAUAUGAUUUUUUUUACCUAGGGAUUAUUACGGAGUUUAAAGAUGAGUGGAAAACUGCUUCUUAGUUUAUUAUGUAGUAUAGGGCUUUUCUUUUGUUUCACCCCAGGGAUAAGAUUACUAUUUUGUCACAUGCUUUUGUUUCAGGCUAGAAGGUACACGUGUUUGCUCCAGAACUUGUUAAUUUCAGUUUUUGAAUGCAACAGGAUACCUCCCUUCCAGAUUGUACUGUAGGAGCAGCAGCAGCAGCAGUUAAGUGAUGCAGCACUUGCUGGUACAGUGAAGUUACUGGCUAGCGUCCUUCCUCUGAAAAACUUUGCCAUAGAACACAGCAUGGCUUGAAAUGCUAUGUCUGCAUGAUAAUUUAAAAUGGAAAAUUUAAACUUUGCACUCCAAAAGCCUACUUGGAUUUUUUGCACUGUUUUGUGUAACGCAGAAGAAUGAUUUUAUUUCUACUGCAUUGUAGAUUCUAACAUGUAUCUUUAUUUUCAUAUUGUACAGUAAUUUUACUUUAAAUUAUUGAAUAGGCUAUUUUAUUUAUUUCAAAUGCAGUUGUAUUCGGUUUUAAUUAUUGAACUGUGUGUGCACGGUAUGUAGUAAGCAUUUUUAACCUAUUGUACACAGUGGAAAAGGUACUAAAGUGUAACUGUGCUGUUAUUUCAAUAAAGACUUCUUGACACCUA